UUAGAUGCAUUCGAAUCCUCAGGUUACUAAAGUUAUUCAGACCCGCGGAGAUAACCCACAUCACUGCGUUGCCACGAUGUCUACUUUUUACGAGGUCGAACACAUAUUUUUUGACAACACCAGCUAUGAAGAUUCKGGGGAUUUUGACUUGGAUUUGAGUUUCGAGGAGCCGUGCAACAGAGUCGGUGGUGAUGAUUUUCAAAGGAUCUUCUUACCGACAGUUUAUGGAAUAAUCUUUCUGCUUGGAAUCGUCGGAAAUGGACUGGUAGUAACAGUGAUGGGCUACCAGAAAAAGGUCAAAACGAUGACUGAUAAAUACAGGCUCCAUCUUUCUGUGGCUGACCUCCUACUCGUCUUCACGCUACCUUUCUGGGCGGUGGAUGCGGCCAGCAGUUGGUACUUUGGUGGCUUCCUCUGUACCACUGUGCAUGUGAUCUACACCAUCAACCUGUAUAGCAGUGUUCUGAUUCUGGCUUUCAUCAGCGUGGACAGGUACCUGGCAGUGGUGCAUGCCACCAACAGCCAAACCACCAGGAAGAGGAAGCUCCUUGCAGACAGAUGGAUCUAUGUGGCGGUAUGGCUACCUGCUGCUGUUCUCACUGUGCCUGACAUAGUGUUUGCCACAGCUCUGGAUAGAGGCUCCAGAACCAUCUGCCAGCGCAUCUACCCCCAGAAGACUAGCUUCUACUGGAUGGCUGCAUUCCGUUUCCAGCACAUUCUGGUGGGCUUUGUCCUGCCUGGUUUGGUCAUCCUCACCUGCUACUGCAUCAUCAUUGCCAAGCUGUCCCAGGGUGCCAAGGGUCAAGUGUUGAAGAGGAAGGCUCUCAAGACCACCGUAAUUCUCAUCGUGUGCUUCUUCAGCUGCUGGCUGCCGUACUGUGUGGGGAUCUUUCUGGACACCCUAAUGUUGCUCAAUGUGAUCUCCCAUAGCUGUGCCCUGGAGAAGAGUCUGCAGACCUGGAUCUUAAUCACAGAGGCUCUGGCAUACUUUCAUUGCUGUCUCAACCCCAUCCUUUAUGCUUUCCUGGGUGUUAAGUUCAAGAAAUCUGCCCGGAAUGCACUGACUGUCAGCAGUAGGUCAAGUCAUAAAGUACUGACUAAAAAAAGAGGACCCAUUUCAUCUGUAUCCACUGAAUCUGAGUCUUCAAGUGUCUUGUGCAGUUAAAAGUCACCAUCCUUUGACUUUUAAACCUCAGGUUGAAACUAAGCUUUCUUUUUCAGGGACAAACUACAUUUUGUACAGUUUUGACACCUUUGUAAAAAAAAA